ACAGCCAACACAGCAGCUACAUUCUACUUGUUGAGUGUCUUGAAAUUAGUGAACCUCAUUUGACCAAAUAUUCAACAAGGUGACUUUUUCCCAAACAUAAAACUCUCUUAUUAUGUGCCAUGAAAGAACCGGAAACAGAGAAGCUGGAUCUGCAGCAUGAAGUGUAGAACACGUGUCUGAUCGUCAGGGUGUUUCCGGGCAGGUUGUCGUUCUGUAAAUCGUCCUUGAAUAAAUAAAGUUGAAGGAUUAACUCUGAUGCAACUCUUCACCACAACUCUCUCAGAUCUGCUCAGACAAAACCCUCGAGUCUAGACGACGUCCGUCUUCCUGUUCUUCCCUCCUCUUUUUUAUGUCUUCUUAACCAUCCUCAUAUCUCAUCUUCUCCAGUCGCUCAGUCCUCUUCAGACACAGAGUGAUCUUUCAUGUGCCGUUCUUCACACUUCUCCUCGUCUUCGUUUUCUCUUCUACCAUUCCUUCAACCUUUGCCUUCAGUUGUCAUGUUCUGCAGGUUUGCAGCUCUGUGCGUCGUCUUUCUCCUCUUCCAUGUUAGAGGUCAGAACGUUGAUUUGACUCAUGGGCGGGACCUUUCCUCUCGGUGGGAACUUGACUUUCCAGAGAUCGAUGGUUCUGCUGUGGACGGCUGUGGGAUUUUCCCUGAAACCACUGCUCCCCCCACUAUAUCUACUACAACCACGACCAAAACCACACCCGUCACCAGGAAGGUUGUGACUACAACCAAAAAGCCAGCCGUCAGAUCAACACCAAGAAAACCAGUAACCAGAAGUAACGGACCACCAAUCAGACCACAGCCAGCGCCUUCAGGACCAAUCACUAACAGACACUCCAACCCUUCUCUCCGCCUUCUCCAUUACCUCCUGACCAACGGCAGACGACAUCAGGCGGGUUCCCUGCCGGGAUUCAAAAGUCGAAUCGCUCAGCCAAUAGGAGGUCGGAGUUCAUCAGAAAGUGAUGAAUUACCUUCAACUCUGCGGAACAGAGCGAGAGGGGCUGAGCGAAAAGUAUGGAAAAUGGGUUCAUCUUCUUCCGCUGACUCGAGUGACUAGCCCGAAACAGAUGCUAACAGUUUAAUGACAGAUUAACGUGCAUGUUGGGUUACUCGUCAAUUAAUGUACUACCAGAAAACGUUUCUAUUGUCAGUGGAUCUUUUGCAUGAUAGUAAACAUUAAGAUUUCAAGGAAAAUGUAUAUAUGUAAGAAUACAAAUAUUUAUUAUCUGCAGAAAUAAACCAACACAACCAAUCUUACAUUUCCUUCAAGCUUCUUACGUCCUAUUAAGUCCAUUUUAAAUUUGUACUGUUAUGGUUUAAAGGUGACAUAUCCUCCUCCUCUUCUUCAGUGUAAAUAAUUCUCAGAGCUCCUCAAAACAUGUGUGUGAAGUUUCUUGUUCUAAAUCCAUUCUGAUCCUGUAUUUGAUCAUGUCUAUAAACCCCUCUAUUUCAGCCCUGCUCAGAACAGGCUGUUUCUGUGUCUGUACCUUUAAAUAUGUAAAUGAGCUGUGUCUGACC